AUGGACCUGGAGUGCUCAGAAAACAUAAAUCUCAAGGCGACAAAACCCGGUUUGGGGUCAGAAGCAAAUAGAGCUUCACCGGAAGAGACAGGCCGUCCUGAGGACAAGGAAUCGCAUGACCUCAAAGAAUGUGAAAAGUGGGAAUUGGAGCUAUCUUGGCUUCAGCGGUGCGCAGACUACGCAUCAAGAUUAAACACUACAAUCAAAGCCAAGGAACAUCAACACAUGAUGUUUGACUUCUCAGGUCUCGAACCGGCGGUCCAACAAAGGAAGAGGAUGAUAUCCGAAGAGGUCUCGCGACUAUUACAAUCCCCUUCCCCACUGGUCAGACAAGCCGCAUUUUCAGUGGUAUCUCGCGUGAUAAGUCGUCGCUUCAAUGACUACGCGGACGUCGAGCCCGUGGAAUCUGAAACAAUGUUGAAAGCUCUUUUGGAUGGUUGCAAAUUGUCUGGCCGACUCGACAUUGAACUCACUAUGCGGGAAUGUCUCCUGCGCGCCAUGGAUACCCGAGAUGUUGUUCCUGAAGAUAUGAUCGAUGCUAUCAGGCACUAUAUCGAGGCUUGUAAAAGCUACAUGAUGCGCAUCAAACAGCUUGAAUAUUUGGAAACUUACGUAUACAUAGACCCCUGCGAAGUUAGCUUCCCUUUCAACGGAGACGCUCGGAUAUCGGGCCUCUUGAUGCGGCACUUCCCAACUUUCUCACUUGAAGGAUUAGAUAUUUGGGGGAACAAUACUCUACAAGCAUUAAUUUGGACUGCAGAUCAAGAAGACAUCGAACAACUCAUACCAACCAUGGAUAGUGGCGACUUCCUCAGCGUAGCUACUAAACGUGGCCCUUGUGGAUACACAAUCCUUCACAUUGCCAGCAUCCGAAAUAUCAGUUGUGUAAUCGAAAAGGCCAGCAUCCUCAGUCGUGUAGACAUAAAUUCGACAAUUCACAUCACAGAUGAAAGCUCUUGGACGCCGCUUCUCCAUGCUGUAGCGCGCGGGUAUUGUGGCAUUGUGAGAACGCUUCUGGAAUUGGGCGCCGAUCCUAAGGCACAGGACAACCAAAAGCGCAACGCUUUACACUAUGCAGCAGGAUGUGGGCAGAAAGAUACCACACGGUUACUGUUAUCUCAUUACCCAUCUCUUUGCACUGCCACUGAUUGGCAUGGGUAUACGCCGUUCCACGCCGCCAUUAAUCAUGGCCAUCUCGAGGUCGCCAAGAUGUUUGCUUCAACUUCCGGUACAGUUCUAUUGGUCGAUGAGGGAACGCCACUUCAUAUAGCCUCCAUGAAAGGUCAUGUCCCGCUUAUAUCAUGGCUGCUCGACGAACGAGAUGCAGGCACCAUUGACUGGAAAGACGCGUUCGGCAGAACUCCUCUCAGCCUGGCUGCGCGCUCAGGAAAUUUAGAUGCAGUCAACCUCUUGUUGUCGCGAGGUGCAGACUUCACCAUAGCAGAUGAGAACGGCAACACUCCUUGCGAAGUUGCCAGGAUCUAUGGAUACCAUGACAUAGUUUCUGUCCUGGAGAGAGUCUCGAUACCAGCUCAUGGCCAGUGA